AUGUCUAACUGCUUAUCAUCAGCUUUUACCUCUGUGCUUGUGAAUGGGAAUCCAAUUGAGCCUUUUGUUCUUAAAAGAGGUGUUAGGCAAGGAGAUCCGAUUUCGCCCUAUCUCUUUGUUUUGGCGGCAGAGGGGCUGAAAAGUAUCCUACAAAAAGCUAAGGAAAAGGGGCUGAUUAACGGAUUUGCUUUUUCUGAUGACCACGACCCUAUAUCUGUUCUUCAAUUUGCAGAUGAUACGGUCUUAUUUCUGCCUUAUGAUCUUCAACAACUUCGCAAUUUGACUCGGAUACUGCGCUGCUUUGAAUUAAUCUCAGGUUUAAAAAUCAAUUUUCAUAAAAGUUCGCUGCUUGGAAUUAAUGUCUCGGAAUCAGAGUUGAGCUUAGCCUCGAGGGUAGUGGGCUGUCGUGUUGAGAAAUUUCCUAUCAGAUAUUUGGGAUUACCAUUAGCUGUUUGUAGGACUCCUGUUUCGACUUGGAAUCACGUUAUACAGCGCUUCAAAUCUAAACUGUCCCUUUGGAAAGGAAAUUUGUUAUCUCCGGCGGGUCGUUUAGUCCUUCUGAAGUCGGUCCUUUAUAGUCUUCCAAUCUAUUUCAUGUCAAUUAUUGGAAUGCCUGUUUGUGUUCAAAAUCAGAUAGAGACUUAUAUGCAAAAAUUUCUAUGGAAAGGUGAUAGCUCUUCAACUAGAGUUCUGUGUAGAAUUUCUUGGAAUAUUGUCUGCAAAGACUUCGAAGUUGGAGGUUUGGGUGUUUGUAAUCUGCGAAUUAGAAAUCAAAGUUUGCUUUUAAAGUGGUUAUGGAAGUUGCGUACGUCAAACAGAGAUUCUUUAUGGUUUAGUGUGAUUUCAGCUUGUUCUUCUUUAACAAACUGGAAUUCUCUUCUUCAUGGUGAUACGAUGCAGUUGUCGUUUAUUUGGAAGGGUAUUAGACGGCUCUGUUGUCUUGAUGAGAAAGUUUGGGAUCUCUUUAUUAGUAAUUUGAGAUUUAAUAUUGGGAAUGGAGAAUCAAUUUCUCUUUGGCAUGAUAAUUGGUCUGGGAUUGGAACUGCAGCAAGUCUUUAUCCCCGUUUAUAUAAUCUUUCCAAUAUUAAGCAAGCAACUAUCAGCUCAGUCUUGGCGGGAGGUUGGAGAUGGCGUAGAAGAUUACGGUUGGGCGAGAACGAUCAGUUUUCUGAGUUGCAACUUCUGCUCCAGCAGGUCUGUAACGGGUUUACUGCAGGUAAUGAUUGUGAAGAUGUGUUGGUUUGGAAGCCUAAUAGUCAUGGGUUUACAGCUGCAAGUAUGGCUUCAAUAAUCAGGUUAGCUGCUGCGGAGACUGACAAUUUAAACCAGCAGACUGUGACGGCAGGUCGGAGAAGUUCAGCAGCUGCGUCUGUUCGGCAGAUUUUGACAGAUACUCGGGGCAUAACAGCAGCUACAGGGAGCAUUGAUGAUGAUCAGCAGGUAUCAACAGUAGUUCAAGGAAUUCGAGUUGCUGCAGGUUCGACUAAAAUAAAAUCCUCAGCUGCAACUUUCAAAUUAAUUUGGAAGUGCGAGGCUCCUCCGAGAGUGAUUUUCUUUAUGUGGACGGCAUUGCAUUAUAGUACUCCAACGCUUUCUUUUCUUGCUUCGCGAAAGAUCAUUUUGGAUAGCAACAUGGGCUGUGAUAUUUGUGGUGAAGUUGAAACUCAAAAUCAUAUUUUCUUGCAUCGCAUUUUUGCCAGAAAAAUUUGGUAUGAACUUCUCCACUUGAUGGGUAUAUCUUGGGUAAUGCCUUCUUCCUUUGAGGAUUUCUUUUUACAGUGGAUUGCUAUAGUUCCUAAUAGAGGUGUUUCGAAGCUUUGGACAACUAUAUGGAUUAUAUUCGUUUGGGAAAUUUGGAAGUGUCGAAAUUUGAGAGUUUUUCAGCAUAAGGAUUCAUCAACAAUGGAUGUGAUCUUCAAAAGUUUUAAUAGUGCAGCUUUUUAUUAUAAAUCAGAUCUGCAGGUCUUCCAUGGGAAAGACCAGCUCGUCUUCCCCAUGGAAGACGAGCAGAUCUCGUCUUCCAUGGGGAAAACGGCUGGUCUUCCCCAUGGAAGACCAGCAACAGAUUCGCUGGGAUCUGGCUACAUUGUAGGGAUUCACCCUGAUUUGUCGAGCUCUACCUUAGGAAGAUAA